CUCACUACUAGGGGCACAGAAUUACAUCUCUUCAUCAUCAUCAUCAUCAUCAUCAACAACAACAUCAGCAUCAGCUGCGGUUUUAUUUAACUGUAAAUUAAUCACUCUAUAAACCGUUUAAACUGUGAAAGUUUGCGCGCGAGAGUUUAUUUUCGACCAGUUUCCUCUUCCGCCUUUCAGACACUUCCUGUUCGCGUCACAACCCCAGUCAUGUCGUUUUCCGGUGAGGAUGGUCGGGAUCGGCACACUCGCGUUCACACUCGGAGCUCUCCGGGAUUCCUGGAGCGUCUGGGAGAAACGAUGGGGGGGAUGGCGGUGGGCGUGGCCCUCUUCUUCCUCUCCUUCUACGUGCUCUUCACUAAUGAGGGGAGAGCGAUCCGCACCGCGUCCUCACUGGAUGAGGGUCUCGCCCGGGUCGUGACCCUUCACCCAGACGUCUAUGUUGACCCUCAGAACAACGGGCAACUCGUUCACCUUUCAGCCUCUCUGCGCACGGCUCAGCCUCUGUAUGAUCCGAACUACAGGGUCUCGGUUCAUGCGGUGAAGCUGAAGAGGAAUGUGGAGAUGUACCAGUGGGUGGAGUAUCAGGAGUCACGGGACUAUACUGAGAACGGAGAAACUAAAACAGAGACCACGUACACGUACAACACAGAGUGGAAGUCGGAGCUCAUCAACAGCAGAAAUUUUGAUAAGGAGAUCGGCCACGUCAAUCCCAGUGCAAUGGCGGUGGAGAGCGUCACUGUUGUCGCCCCUGACGUGUGGGUCGGCCAUUUUUCUCUCUCAGAAGGUUUGAUCGAUCAGAUCAAUAAUUUCCAGACUCUGAGUCUGAGUGCACUUUCUGUUACUGACCCGUUUCUCACAGUGUACGAAGAUUAUUUCUACCACACAGCCAACCCUCGGAGACCAGAGGUGGGAGACGUGCGUGUGAGCUUCUCCUACGCUGGACUCAGUGGUGAAGGCUCCUUCCCUGGACCAGCGCAGAAAGUGAGUGUGGUGGCGAUGCAGAAGGAAGACAAACUGAUGCCUUUUAAGACCAAAUCAGCAGACACGCUGGAGAUCCUUUACCUGGAGGAGCUCACAGCAGAGGAGGUCUUUGCUCGAGAACAUCAGUACAACGUGAUGAAGACGUGGGCUCUGAGAGCGGGUGGUUGGUUCCUCAUGUUCCUCGGGAUCAGUCUGACCAUGCGCAUCUUUUACACUCUUGUGGACUGGGUCCCCGUGCUGAGAGAGCUGGUGUCCGUGGGCGUGAAGCUCUUCGCGAUGUGUGUGUCCUGCUCUCUCUCUCUCCUCACCAUCUCCGUCGGCUGGCUGUUUUAUCGCCCCCUGCUGGCGGCGCUGAUCGCUGCGGUCGCCCUGCUGCCCGUCCUGGUCACACACGCUCGCAAAGCCGAGAAGAAACACCAGUGACGACGACAGAGUGCGGGACGGUGAAUUCACAAACGCCGAUUCAGUCAUUAUACGGACCAUUCCGACUCCUGCUGCUCAUCUCUCUCACACACACAUACACACACACACACACGAGCAGUAUGGCGUGACUCGAAA